AUGGCAGGCUGGUUCUACAUCACCUCGGACAUGGACCCGUACCCCAAGAUCCACAUCCCGCACACAUACCCGGAAAAGGGCCACCAUCUCCACCACAUCUCGACCAUCCCCUACGUGGCGCACAACCUGUACUCGAAGUUCCACGACAAGGACCUCGACGCGCACCAGCCCAAGACCGACGUGCGCGAGACGACCCGGAACUUCUACCUGGAAGUCGAGCUCCCGGGCGUCAAGGACCACGCGGAACUCCGGCUCCGGUGGACAAACUCGCGCACUCUCCUCCUGACGAGCAAGACCACCCGGCCUGAAAUCCCAGAGGAGGAAUUGCUGGAGGAGCCCGCGCCGCCGGCGGCAGCAACAACAACUACUACGGCCGCUGACGCCGGGCAGCAGCAGAACGGCGGCGACAUCAUCACCACCGACCCAAAGACGGCACCGCCAGAGCAGAAACCAAAACCGAAGCUGCUGGCUCCUCACCUGACGAUCCACGAACGGCCCAUAGGCGAGAUGAUCCGCGCGUACAACUUCCCUGUCGACGUGGACCGGGACGCCACGCACGCGAAACUGGAGGCCGGGAUCCUUAGGAUUGUGGUUCCGAAGGUGGAGCAUACUCCUCCCGCGACUGACAAGGAUGGGGAGGAGAAGCACUUCCUGCAUGUGCCGGUGAGGAUUCUGGGCCACGGACAUGACAAGGAGCAGAAGGAGAAGUAG